UACAGAUUGUAUGACUGGGAGGUGGACGAGCACGGGGGACUGCGGCCGAUGGUUGACGCAAAACGCGGCGCUGCACACGCGAUCAGGAGUCGAUCACGGCCGUGUGCGAACGAUUCGUACAUUCUGGAGACGAUCCUCAAGAAGUAUAACCGCCAUAAAAUACCUGGUGGAUCGGUGAACGUGCAGGUGGAGGUGUGGGUGCAGGAGAUCACAACCAUCAGUGAUAUCACUUCUGACUUUCAGCUGGACAUAUACAUAAGCGAAAUGUGGUUAGAUCCGGCGUUGGACUAUUCAUGGAUGGAUCCGUGUAAAUAUAAUUUAUCGUUGAAUAGUGUUUUACUCGAGAAAUUGUGGACACCAAAUUCGUGUUUCAUCAACUCAAAAACUGCCGACAUUCACAGAAGUCCUUUUCCAAACAUCUUUCUCAUGAUCUACGCAAAUGGUUCCGUAUGGACGAAUUAUCGCCUCAAGUUACAAGGUCCCUGUGAGAUGGACCUAACCCGUUUUCCUUUCGACAAUGUCACUUGUUCACUUACAUUCGAAAGUUUCAAUUAUAAUACAGAUGAAGUGCAGAUGUCAUGGUCACCGUUGGGAGUUUCAAAAAUGCGCGAAAAAAUGGAACUUGCCGACUAUGAAUUAACCGGAAUCGAGAAUCUGAGAGCAUCUGAGCCUUAUCCUGCGGGAUUCUGGCAUGAACUAACGAUGAAAUUUCGCUUCAAAAGACGUGCCGGAUGGAGUAGAAGAAAACAAUUGGGGAUACUCAAAACAAUACUUUCAGCAUGGAUUUCGUUCGCUCUUGGAUCGAAGGCAAUCCCAGCACGAACGAUGCUCGGAGUGAAUUCACUUCUGGCGAUGACUUUUCAGUUUGGAAACAUCAUACGAAACUUGCCUCGAGUCAGCUAUGUAAAGGUGAAAACCAGACUUUCCAGGAAUAAAUUGUUUAAACUGCUGAAGGCAAUUGAUGUAUGGAUGCUGAGCUGCAUGACGUUUGUGUUUUGUUCAUUACUCGAACUCGCAUGGGUUGGUUAUCUGAGUCGAGAAGAGGACGAACUUGCGGUGAAAGCAGCAAUCCAAAAGGCCUCUUCCUCGCCGAUGCCAUCACCUGCGACCAAUGUGGUCAGCCCUCGACCACCUCAUUACGAAAGUAAUUCUGCUUUGCAUCGGAGAGGUUACACUUCCGAAGAGGAAUGUGCCCUGAUGAGUUUAAGAGACAACGAUUACGGGUAUAUUCCACCGGGAUACGGCCUUAAUGGGAAUCUGAAGUCAGCGAUGGCCUCAUUCGCUGGACCUUGCGCAUGCACUAAAGAGGAACCUCCCGAAGUAUAUGCACCUAUAUUGCAGUCAGCGGCCGAAUUGGCUGCUUAUCGAGCUGGACAAAAUGUGAGUUUGUCUCUUUGUCCAUGUCACGAACAUUUGGCAUUACAAAUCGACAAGCUGUCGUCAAUCCUAUUCCCUUCAUUGUUCAGCGUCUUUAAUAUAGCCUAUUGGUAUCACUACCUCAAUGAUUAA